UUUACGACAUUUGAACAUCGUAGAGGUAAAACUCAAGAAGAAGAAUACGUAGUGGUUGUUCCAGCGUCAUCCAAAAGCAAGGAAGUGAAGAUGGACUCGUUUGCCCUGGAACCCACACUGUACACUGUAAAAGCGGUACUCAUUCUUGACAAUGACGGUGAACGACUAUAUGCAAAGUAUUAUGAUGACACAUACCCGACAGUAAAGGAACAGAAAGCUUUUGAGAAGAACAUCUUCAACAAGACUCACCGCACAGACAGUGAGAUAGCACUUUUAGAAGGACUGACUGUGGUCUACAAGAGCAAUAUAGACUUAUACUUUUAUGUUAUUGGAAGCUCACAUGAAAAUGAGCUGAUGCUGAUGUCUGUCCUGAACUGCCUGUUUGAUUCCCUCAGUCAAAUGUUGAGGAAGAAUGUGGAAAGAAGAGCAUUGCUAGAGAACAUGGAAGGAUUGUUCCUAGCGGUUGAUGAAAUUGUAGAUGGAGGAGUCAUCCUAGAGAGUGACCCACAGCAGGUUGUGUACCGCGUAGCGUUGAGGGGUGACGAUGUUCCAUUGACAGAGCAGACUGUGACUCAGGUGCUUCAGUCUGCAAAGGAACAAAUCAAAUGGUCACUUCUGCGGUAGAGUGGGAACCACAACCCCUGAAUACACACACGCACGCACGCACUCGCACUCACACACACACACACACACACACACACACACACACACACACAC